GGAGGAAGCCGCUUGAACCGCAGGCUGGAGCAGGCUCCCAGGUUUUUUAUAAUUUUGAGUAAACUUCUAGGAGGACUAUGAAAGAUUAUGAUGAACUUCUCAAAUACUAUGAAUUAUAUGAAACUAUUGGGACAGGUGGCUUUGCAAAGGUCAAACUUGCCUGCCAUAUCCUCACUGGAGAAAUGGUAGCUAUAAAAAUCAUGGAUAAAAGUGCACUAGGGAGUGAUUUGCCCCGGAUCAAAACGGAGAUUGAUGCCUUGAAGAACCUGAGACAUCAGCAUAUAUGUCAACUCUACCAUGUUAUAGAGACAGCCAACAAAAUAUUCAUAGUUCUGGAGCAUUGUUCUGGAGGAGAGCUGUUUGACUACAUAAUUUCCCAGGAUCGCCUGUCCGAGGAGGAGACCCGAGUUGUCUUCCGUCAGAUUGUAUCUGCGGUUGCUUAUGUGCACAGCGAGGGCUAUGCUCACAGGGACCUCAAACCAGAAAAUUUGUUGUUCGAUGAAUAUCAUAAAUUAAAGCUGAUUGACUUUGGUCUCUGUGCGAAACCCAAGGGUAACAAGGAUUACCAUCUCCAGACAUGCUGUGGGAGCCUUGCUUAUGCAGCACCCGAAUUAAUACAAGGCAAAUCAUAUCUGGGAUCAGAGGCAGAUGUUUGGAGCAUGGGCAUACUCUUAUAUGUGCUUAUGUGUGGCUUUCUACCGUUUGAUGAUGAUAAUGUCAUGGCUCUGUACAAGAAGAUUAUGAGAGGGAAAUAUGAGGUUCCUAAGUGGCUCUCUCCCAGUAGCAUUCUGCUUCUUCAACAAAUGCUACAGGUGGACCCAAAGAAACGGAUUUCUGUGAAACAUCUUCUGAGCCAUCCCUGGAUCAUGCAAGAUUACAACUGUCCUGUCGAGUGGCAAAGUAAGAAUCCUCUUAUUCACCUUGAUGAAGAUUGUGUAACGGAACUUUCUGUACAUCACAGAAACAACAGACAAACAAUGGAGGAUUUAAUUUCAUUGGUUGCAAAGCGUUGGACAGAAUCAAAUGGUCUGGAAUCAUUAACUCCAGUUUUAGGCAGAGCAUCUGCCAAUAAAUUAAAGAACAAAGAGAAUGUAUAUACUCUUAAGUCUGCUGUAAAGAAUGAAGAGUGCUUUGUAUUUCCUGAGCCAAAGACUCCAGUUAAUAAGAACCAGCAUAAAAGAGAAAUACUCACUACGCCAAAUCAUUACACUACACCCUUGAAAGUUAGAAACCAGUGCCUCAAAGAAACCCCAAUUAAAAUGCCAGUAAAUUCAGCAGGAACAGAGAAGUUAAUCACAGGUGUCAUCAGCCCUGAGAGGCGGUGUCGCUCAGUGGAACUGGAUCUCAAUCAAGCACAUGUAGAGGAUACUCCAAAAAGAAAAGGAACCAAAGUGUUUGGAAGCCUUGAAAGGGGGUUGGAUAAAGUUAUUACUGUGCUUACCAGGAGCAAAAGGAAGGGCUCUGCCAAAGAUGGGCCAAGAAGACUAAAGCUUCACUAUAAUGUGACCACAACCAGAUUAGUGAAUCCAGAUCAACUCUUGAAUGAAAUAAUGUCUGUUCUUCCAAAGAAGCACGUUGACUUUGUACAAAAGGGCUAUACACUGAAGUGUCAAACACAGUCAGAUUUUGGCAAAGUGACAAUGCAGUUUGAACUAGAAGUAUGCCAGCUUCAAAAACCCGAUGUGGUGGGUAUCAGGAGGCAGCGGCUUAAGGGUGAUGCCUGGGUUUACAAGAGAUUAGUGGAAGACAUCCUAUCUAGCUGCAAGGUAUAAUUGAUGGGUGGUUUUCAUCCUGCUGGAUGAGUAUGGGUGCGAUACAGCCUAUGUGGAGACUGGUGUGUUUGGUUUGAUUUUUAAAGUCCUUUGGAACUACAAACUGGUUUCUAAAGAACUAUCUUAAAAACCAGUAUCUUUUUGUUUUUAAACAAAAGAUAUUGUUUUUUAGAUGAAUGUAAGGCCAGCCUAUCUGUCAUUAUCUGUUCUGUCUCUUUUAAUCAUGUGGCUUUGUGUAUUAAUAACUGUUGACUUUCCUAGAUUCACUUCCAUAUGUGAAUGUAAGCUCUUAACUAUGUCUCCUUUUAAUGUGUAAUUUCUUUCUGAAAUAAAAUCAUUUGUGAAUAU